GAAAAUCAAGUGAUGGCGCUAAAGGAGAAGGGAAUUGCUGCAGAGUUUCUCUCCUCAACAAAAACGGCAGGUGCAAGGGAUAAGAUUCAUGAGGACCUUAAUUCUGGAAAACCUUCUACAAGGCUACUAUAUGUAACUCCAGAGUUGAUAGCAACACCAGGGUUUAUGUCAAAGCUGAAAAAGAUUUAUGCUAGGGGGUUGCUAAGUCUCAUUGCCAUAGAUGAGGCACAUUGCAUCUCAAGUUGGGGUCACGAUUUCAGGCCUAGCUACCGUAAGCUUUCAUCUUUGAGAAGCCACCUACCAGAUGUACCAAUAUUAGCUCUGACAGCAACUGCUGUUCCUAAGGUUCAGAAAGAUGUAGUAGAAUCCUUGCAGAUGCAAAAUCCGUUACUACUGAAGUCUUCAUUUAAUCGUCCUAACAUAUAUUAUGAAGUUAGAUACAAAGAUCUACUGGAUGAUGCUUAUGCUGAUUUAUCUAAUACACUCAAAUCCAAGGGAGAUGUUUGUGGAAUAGUUUACUGCCUUGAACGUUCAAUGUGUGAUGACUUAUCAGCUCAUCUGUCCCAAAGUGGCAUUUCUUGUGCUGCUUAUCAUGCAGGAUUGAAUAAUACAAAGCGAACUUCUGUGUUAGAUGAUUGGAUUUCUUCAAAGAUAAAAGUUGUUGUUGCCACUGUUGCUUUUGGGUAUGGCAUUGAUAGAAAGGAUGUCAGAAUUGUGUGCCACUUCAAUAUUCCAAAGUCAAUGGAAGGAUUCUAUCAAGAGUCAGGCAGAGCAGGUCGUGAUCAAUUGCCCUCUACAAGCCUGUUGUACUAUGGGGUAGAUGAUCGCAAAAGAAUGGAAUUUAUCUUAUCCAACUCAGGGAGUAAGAAGGCACAAUCAUCAAGUUCACAAGAAGAAUCAUCCAGAAUGUCCCUGACUGCUUUCAAUCAGAUGGUUGAAUAUUGUGAGGGAUCUGGAUGUCGUAGGAAAAGGAUUCUCGAGAGUUUUGGGGAGCAGGUAACUGCAUCACUCUGUGGCAAAACAUGUGAUGCCUGUAGACAUCCAAACUUAGUUUCUAGAUACUUGGAGAAUCUCGCUGCUACCUGUGCUCUACGGCAGAAAAAUGGUUCUUCUAGAGUUUUUAUCACCAGUUCCACUGGUGCAACUGAUGGAGAGCAGUUAUCUGAAUUCUGGAAUCGCAAUGAGGAAGCAAGUGGAUCAGAGGAAGAUAUAUCUGAUUCAGAUGAUGGCAAUGAGGUUGUUAACAACCUGGCCCAUUCAAAGCUUCAAUCCAGAUUGGGAUUGAAUGAAAAGCUUGCUUUGUUACAAAAGGCAGAAGAAAACUUCUAUCGAAAUGACAACACUGAUAAACAGAGGAAAAAUGUUGACAAGAAUGCUAUUUCUGAUACAAUGCGAGGAACGAGCAGGGAAAGAUUACAAAAUGCUCUUAAACAGGCUCAGCAACGGCUUGACAACUUCAGGAUUGAAAUAGAAACCUCAGCAUCAUUUCUUGAGGAUGAAUGCUACAAGAAAUAUGGCAAGGCUGGCAAAUCAUUCUAUUAUUCACAAGUGGCAAGUACUGUGAGGUGGCUGACAACUACAAGUCCUACCAAUCUGAUGGAUCGACUUUGUGCGAUUAGUUCUUCCACAUCAGCGCUUAGUUCUUCCACAUCAACGACAGAAGCUGAACACCCCCUCACACCCCUUGCUUUAGAUCCUUGUACAAAAGAAGAUAUUGGCAGUGAACCCUCAGGCAAUGCUGGAUCAGAAACUUUCCAAUGUGUGCCAAUGGAAAGUUCUGUGAAUGCAAAGUUGCCACAAAUACCAUCCUUCUCUGAGUUCGUAAAUAGUAGGAAAACAAAAGGGGACCAAGUAAAGGACACACAAAAGCCUUCACCAAGAGUAGAAAAGAAGAUGAGGAUAGAGUAGGUUGACUCCUGUAACUACUAUUAAUGAGUUCAAGUUUCAAUUGCAAUAUGUAUCAAGUGUCAACUUUGGUUUUUGUAAAAUAAAUUGCUUUGUUUUUCAAUCAUUUAGUUUUUUUUUAAAUCAAAACAUGUAAAAAUUCCAUUUGAGCAUUUAAAAGCACCUUUGAUGUUUUGUUGGAGCAAA